ACUGCUGCUGCUCAGUCACUCAGUAAUUCAGUGAGGUUGAGUGGAAUACUUGAGCCAAAGAGAAGAUGUCCUUCAUACAAGUCCAGGCUACCUCUGAUUUCUCCUUCCACAACCUUCCUUAUGGAGUAUUCUCCACAGCUGACAAUCCCAAACGUCGCAUUGGGGUUGCCAUUGGAGACCAGAUACUGGACCUCAGUGUGAUAUUGUCCUUGUUUCAAGGACCUGUGAUGUCCAAACAUCAGGAUGUCUUUGCUCAGCCUACACUGAAUGCUUUCAUGGCUCUGGGAUAUGAGGCCUGGAGGGAAACUAGGAGGACCUUGCAGGUCUUGCUGUCAGCCAAUGAGAGCACACUGAGAGAUGAUGUCAGUCUGCGGAGCAGAGCAUUUGUCUCUCAGAGUGCAGCCAUCAUGCAUCUUCCUGCAGACAUUGGUGAUUACACUGACUUCUACUCCUCCAAGGAUCAUGCCACUAAUGUUGGCAUUAUGUUCCGGGGGAAGGAAAAUGCUCUGAUGCCAAACUGGUUGAGACUUCCGGUUGGAUACCAUGGUAGAGCAUCAUCAGUGAUUGUUUCUGGCACACCCAUUCGCCGACCCUCAGGCCAGAUGAGACCUGAUCAGACAAAACCACCAGUGUUUGGCCCAUCAAAGCAGUUGGACAUUGAGCUGGAGAUGGCUUUCUUUGUUGGAGGUGGAAACCAGCUUGGGGAGCCAAUUCCCAUCGAGAAGGCUCAUGAACACAUCUUUGGCAUGGUACUCAUGAAUGACUGGAGUGCCCGGGACAUCCAGGCAUGGGAGUAUGUUCCUCUGGGUCCUUUCCUGGGGAAGAACUUCGGGACAACCAUCUCACCAUGGGUUGUUCCCAUGGAAGCACUGUUACCCUUUGCAGAGUCCAACGCUAUCCAGGAUCCUGAGCCCCUCCCUUACCUGCAGCACCAAGAUCCUUACACCUUCAACAUCAACCUGUUUGUGUCACUAAAAGGACAGGGCAAGGCAGAGGCAUCAACCAUCUGCAAGUCAAACUUCAAGUACAUGUACUGGACCAUGAAGCAGCAGCUUGCCCAUCACACUGUCAACGGCUGUAACAUCAGACCAGGAGACCUGCUGGCUUCUGGUACCAUCAGUGGACCUGAUCCAGAGAGUUUUGGCUCUAUGUUGGAGCUGUCAUGGAGGGGAUCUAAGUCCAUUGAUAUGGGGGGAGGAGACACCAGAACUUUCCUGAAGGAUGGGGAUGAAGUCACUAUCACAGGAUACUGUGAAGGAAAUGGAUACAGAGUGGGCUUCGGACCCUGCAUGGGAACCAUCCUCCCUGCCCUGCAACACUGAAACACGUACACUGUUAUUUAUGUGGGAAUUUUACUGUGGAGCAUAAAUACUGAAAGAAUACAGUGUCUCUCCCUAUGGUCAUCAUCACUGUCCAUGAAUGAAGACAUCUACAACUAAAAAUUCUACUCACUUAUUCCCCUCUCUGCAUCUUACACACACACACACACACACACACACACACACACACACACA